GCUUCUCUUGAGCUUUACGAAACCCGAACUCUCUUAGGCUGCCCCGAGAGUCGUCUUUAUGUAUAUUUGAGUUUCCUUCAUGACUCUAAUUACCGAUCAUGUCUGUUCACUCUCUGCCGGAGACCGAGUCGACUCACUGUUGGAUGCUUUGUCACGACUGAGAGGGACUUUAAGAUUGAAAACGAAAAUGGCAGAUACAGGCAAAGGAAGCUCUGUCGCUGGCUGCAACGAUAGCUGUGGCUGCCCUUCUCCCUGUCCCGGUGGGAAUUCCUGCAGGUGCAGGAUGAGAGAAGCAUCUGCUGGGGAUCAAGGGCACAUGGUGUGCCCGUGUGGGGAGCACUGCGGAUGCAACCCCUGCAACUGCCCCAAGACCCAAACCCAAACCUCCGCCAAGGGCUGCACCUGUGGUGAGGGUUGCACAUGCGCCUCUUGCGCCACUUAGACAUCCUUAUCUCUGUCUGUACCACACUUUGUAUAAUAGUACUAGCUAGUCAGAUCUGAAAAAUAAAUCUGUUUAUUAGGUCCAGGUACAAGAAAACAUAUGUUUCGUAUGCUCUGCUCUCGUCUUAUGACUCAUCAAGAAUCUGAAAAUCCUGAAGGUCUUGGACU